AUGAUUCCUAACACCAAAACGCAAUAUCCAUUGGCAAUGCAUUUAGCCAUAUCUAGGAGAACUGAUAACGGAUGUCCUGUGUAGUACAACCACAGUAUGCUUGUGGAUUAAAGUGUUCUGAGGCUGCCUCUUGGAGUUUUUAACAAUAAUUAAAAGUCUGGAGUUAUUACAUCUGGAAGCAGGAUGAGUGGCUGCGUAAAACAAACUUAUCAGGAACAAAAUUGCGGAUAAAAAAUGGAGACAUCUUGGAUGAAAAUUUUCUCAGUGGUUCAUGUUUUAGUAAUGUUUGGAGCCACCCAAAGCAUCGAUUACACGGAAACUACAGACAAAACAGUGAAAAAUAAAAUCUGGAACACGGAGAAUUGCCCAAAUGAGUGUUUGUGCUACAAGGGGACUCCUUCUUUAUCAAUAAACCAAAUAAAGUACAUGAAAACAGUUGAUUGUGCUAGUACUGGACUUGAAGACCUGCCAAUGAUUCUACCGGAUGAUACAGAAGUGCUUCUCCUCUCCAAUAACAAUUUUACAAAAGUGACAAAAUUACCGUAUUCUCCUAGUUUAGUUUAUCUGGACUUGUCUAAUUCGUCUAUAGAAAUUCUGAGGAGCAACAACUUAUUUUUUCACUACAAAAAGCUAAAAUAUCUAAAUCUAAGCAGAAACAGCUUGCAUUAUUUGCAGCCAUAUUGUUUUAUUGGGCUUUCAGGUUUAUAUUACUUGGAUAUCAGUAAAAACAAACUAACCAAUAUUUCAAACAGUGUUUUUGCCCGCAUGAAUAAUCUGAAAUCAUUUAAUAUGGCGGAUAAUUUGCUCAGCAGAAUAACUCAAGACUGGUUCACUGACGUUUCUGAAGAUCUAAGAGAGCUUGAUAUCUCAAAUAAUCGUCUCACUGCCAUCAGAGAAGAUGACUUCAGUGCUUUAAAUAAACUUAAUAUAUUGAACCUGUCUGCAAACACCAUUAAAGAUAUUGAUAACGGUGCAUUAAGCAAUCUUACAAAUAUGUUAAUUCUGGAUCUCGGCUAUAAUCAAAUGCAAAUUGUGCCAAAAGAAUCAUUGCAACAUAUGAAGCUUCUGAAGAAAUUCAUAUUUAAUGGAAACCCCACCCGCAAAAUUCAUAGUGGUGACUUUGACAGCAUGAAUUUUGUAUACUUGUCCAUUAGUUACAUGCCUGAACUGCUAUUUAUUGAAAAAAAUGCAUUUCAAAACCUGCCGUAUUUUACUACUUUAGAAGCGCAUGAUAAUCAAAAACUUAUAUAUAUUGACGCUCAAGCCUUUGAUAACGUACCAAGUUUAAGUACUUUGUACUUGCAUAAUAAUCAGCUAACAGCAUUGUCACCGAGUUUGAUUCAAUACGUACCAACUUUAGAGGAAAUUCACUUAUACAGAAACCCACUUCGAUGUGAUUGUAAUGCAUUCUGGAUAAAAGAGCUCAUAGACGAAGCUAGCACAACAAACUACAGCAAACCAUUCUUCAAUCACUCACAGUUUAUUAAAUGUGAUUUUCCUCUCAGUUUUAUAGGAACUUCCAUAGAAAACAUUGAUGAUGACAAAUUUCAACGAGUCUGUGCUCCAACUACGCUUCCAGCCUUCAAACAGAACUAUACGUUAGAUCUCGGAGAGGAAUUACGUCUUGAAUGUCACGCUUAUGGUGUCCCUGAGCCAAAAUUAACAUGGCUGCUGCCAAACCAAUCAGCCAUCAGCGGUGACUUUCACAGUAAAAAAUUUGAACUUGUAGAUGAUUGCGUUUUGAUAAUUCGUUAUUUAACGUUAAGCGACAGUGGUACGUAUGCUUGCAAAGCAGACAAUGGUAUAGCAUAUGACUUAAGUUCCACACGUAUUACUGUGACAAAUAAGCCUGUCAGGCUUGUUGUGUUCAGAGUGUCCUUCGAUUAUGUAUCAAUGUCGUGGAAUGGCACUAGACACAACUCAAUGAUCUCAGAUUACCAAUUACAGUAUCGAGAAAUAAAGGGAGAUAAUCAACAAAACAAUUCUAAUCAAAAUUAUAGGUAUAAAGUCAUUCCCCUUGGGCCACAGUAUAGAAGCUACACAGUGACAAAUUUAAAACCGAAAACUACAUACGAAUUUUGCAUAGUGUACGUUUAUGAUACUGAAAGGUAUAAAGUUGAUUGCAGAAAAUUAAAAACCAAAGAUAAAGUAGAAUAUCAUAGUGCUAUAAAAAAGAUUGUAAGUGAAAAAAUAAUAGCAGGAGUGUGUACAGCUUUAGGAAUUAUAAUGGCCGUUGCCUGUAUGGUGACACUUGUGAAAAAGUUCAGACUUCACAAAGAUUAUGAAUCACCAUAUAACACAGAAGAAACAGAAAGUAUUAAUAUUCCGCUAGAAAACGUUUAUCGACCUUCAAGCACACAACUGUGUUCCUCAAAAACAUCCUUGCUAAGUGUUCAAACUCAUAAAUCAGGAUUUGAUGAAUAUUAAGUUCCCAUCGGAAUUUUAUACAGUUUACCUGAUGUCAUAUUUUAGUUGUUAAUUAAUUCAUUGUAAAAUUCAUCUCAUUUUGCUCAUACUCAGGUCCCCACGGUGACAUAACACAGCUGAAUAGACAGACAACUGUCAGUUCAUAUUAAAGUAAUGAUUGUAAGGUAACGUAAUUCUGUUACAUUUCAUCACAAUAAUUCAUUCUUUCCCUCAUUUGGAUAAUUGAAAAGUUACUGUUAAAAGCUUUGUUUUUUAUGUUGAACACUACAAUAAAACACCCAUUGCCAUGAGCAGUAAUGUGGGCAUUAACUUUGAAAAUAUAGGGAAAAUGGUCUACUGAUGCCAGUCGCUUGAAUGAAUGAAAACUUCUCCAUCUGUGGAUUUUGUUUGUUAUAUAACUUAUACGUAUGUAAAUUAUAAGUAUUUGUUAUAACUUACAAAUGUGUGGUUGUAUUUUAUUUGUAGCGGCUUCUAAAUGGCUUCCGCAUAGCUACAAUCAUGAAUGAGGACAUGUCAUUAUCUAGCUGGUAACUGAAGUAUAUAUUUAAUGGGUCUUAUUGUCAUGCAGAUAUUUGGCCAUAUCUUUUUUGGUUGAAAAAUGACAGAAUGUGAAAAGAUUUGGUCACUAUGAAAUGCAGCACUGCCGGAUUGUUUAGACUGACAUUUUUUUAAUCAUAUAUAGCAUCAUUAUUGACUAAACAUAAUUGCCUAGGAUUCUAACAUACAAUUCAAUACAUGCUUAAAUUUGCCUUAAAUCCUUAUUUAUGUUAUCAUAUUCUGGAAUUGAUAAAUAUUUUCUGCUUCAACAGAAAAUUUCACAACGUUACCCUAAGGCAACAAAAACCUGUAUGCAAUUUCCAGAACUUCAUUAUCUAGAACAAAAAGUUCUGUAAUCAAUUUUACCAAGUAUUUCUUUUAUUAAUUUUACACAUCAUUAAUUAUAAAUAUUCUAAAUUUACCGUAUUCUCCAUAUUAAAUAGCCAUGGUUGGGAUAUUGUAUUCUGCCCUACAACUCUUUAAUUUUAUUUCAUAUACAUAAUGAAAUCUGUACUAUUAUACAGACUGGAUUCACUAUUACUAAAAUUAUACAGACUGGAUUCUGCCUUACUACGCAAACUGGAUUCAUUAUACUAUACCUAAGCUUGAUCCUGUACUAUUAUAAUACAGACUGGAUAUAUCAUAAUAUAUAGACUAGAUUCUGUACUAUAACAGACUGGAUUCAUUAUGAUCUACAGACUGGAUUCUGUUCUAUUAUACAAAAUGAUUUCCUCACUAUAUAUAGACUGGAUUCUAUAUUAUUAUACAAUAUAAACAGACUGGAACUAUAGCUAUAACUGAAAGUGAUGAAUGUACCCUCCCACCCUCAAAGCACACACUGACACAAUGCAUUGCAAUCUGGCACACACAAGGUUGCAUAAUGGAUAGAUCCGAUUUUUCUGAUAUGGAACACCCCCCUUAGAUAUUGUUGCUAUAUCUCACAAGCUUUCUCCAAAAUGGCUGAUAUACAUUAUACCACUAUGACGAUUCUCUUUUAUAAAGUAUCUAAAUCUUCUGCUCAUUACUGUAAAAAGAUCAAAAACCUGUCGGAUCACGCACUAAAUGAAUCAUUUAAUUAUUAUACUUAAGGUUAUAUUAACUCCAUGAAGAAAAGUGGUGAAAUGUAGCCGUUAAAUGUCAGUGCUAAUAAGGUCUUCAUAAAUAUGAAAGUCGUAGAAUUUUAUAAAUUUGUUUAUUUUGGGACCGCACAAAAUGUUCACAGACUACUGGUAUAAAGUAUGAUACAUAUGAUAAAAAGAAUUCACGAUACAAGGAAUACAUGUAUGUCUAUAAAUAAAGUAAAUUUAAUCUGUUGAUUUCACUGAAUAACACCUGCGCGUUGUAAAGUCUAUAUGUUCGUGCAUGAUUAUGUUUGCUUUUACGCAGCUGAUACAUUAUGAUUCAAAAUCUCAUUCAUUUCUAUAUUUGCGAAUGAUUAAGUACCAGUAUUAUAUUGAAAUGUGAAUUAAAAUCAUUGUAUUUUA